AUGCAUCUCUUCCUCCUCACCCUCCUAGCAACCCUCACCACCUCCCUCAACCUAUCCUCCCCAGGAGACACAUCCCCCAUCCCAUCCUGGCAUCUCCAAUCCUCCCUCCAAGCCCCCACAAACCUAUCCCACCUCUCCCUCCCCUCCACCAACAUCACCCAGCUCAACCCAGCAUGGCACCCUAUCCCCUCCUCCCACGCCACCGUCAUGGCCGCCCUCCUCGCCAACAACAUCUACAACACCUCGCACCUCUUCUACUCGGAUAACAUGGCGUCUCUCGAUACCGACCCAAGCUUCCAAUCCCCAUGGCUCUACCGCUCCACCAUCACCAUCUCGCCUCCUCGCCCUGACGAGCAUAUUCUGCUACUAACGCAUGGGAUUACCUCAAAAGCUGAUAUUUUCUUCAAUGGCAUAAAGAUCGCCAGCAGCGAGACGCAGAGGGGGUCGUAUACAGGCGGACGGUAUGAUGUGACCGGUUUUAUCGCGAAAAGUAACACAGGAGGGAGAAGUGAGAAUGUGGUACUGAUCAAGGCAUACCCCACGAACUAUCUGGGUGACCUUGCUCAGGGGUUUAUUGAUUGGAACCCGUACCCGGCUGAUAAUGGCACAGGAGUGUGGAGGGACGUGGAAGUGAAGCGGACGGGGAGGGUGUGGGUGUCCAGUCUGAGGGUGCUAACUGACUAUGCUGGGGCAAAGGGAGGAGAUGUGAACGUCACGGUGAAAGCGGAAUUGGUGAAUCUGGAGAAUAGUCCUGUUCGGGUUACCGUGCAAGGGUAUAUUGAAGGACCUGGAUCCAAUGGAGCGAGUAUAGCGAACCUGGCGAGCGGGUUCAAACUCGAAGCCCAAAAGAACACAACAGUGUCCAUUACAGUUCUGAUUCGAAAUGCUAGCAUCUGGUGGCCUGCAGCAUGGGGUUCGCAGCCUGUAUACACGGUGCAUUUGAACGUCUCACUUGGGGCUGCGAUGGCAGUCUCAGACGUGGCGAAACCAGCACGGUUCGGGAUCCGCACUGUCUCGUCGAGAGUAAACGCGCACAACGACACCGAGUUCAGCAUCAAUGGCCAUCCCUUCCGUGUGAGAGGCGCCGGGUACGCGCCGGACCUGUACCUUCGAUUCGACCUCGACCGCGUCAGGACCAUGUUUCUGUACAUGCUCGACAUGGGACUGAAUACUGUCCGGCUGGAAGGAAACCAGGAACACCCACAGCUGUACGACCUCGCUGAUGAACUCGGGCUAAUGGUCCUCGCGGGCUGGGAGUGCUGCGAUAAAUGGGAAGCGUGGGAUUACGCCGAAGACGCCAAAGGCACCCCCUGGACCGACCCCGACUACACCACCGCGUAUACCUCCAUGCUUCACGAAGCCGCCAUGAUGCAGCCUCAUCCCUCCCUCCUCGCCUUCCUCGUCGGAUCAGACUACUGGCCCAACGACCGUGCCACGAGCGCAUACCUCUCCGCCCUGCGCCGCAUGGACUGGUCCACGCCCGUCAUCGCAUCCGCCUCGAAACGCGGCUACCCGGACGCACUGGCCCCCUCGGGGAUGAAAAUGGACGGCCCCUACGACUGGGUGCCGCCGAAGUACUGGACCGGAUCGCAGUACGGGGCUGCAUUCGGGUUCGGAUCCGAGCAGGGCGCAGGGGUCGGGACACCUGAGCUGUCCAGCCUGCACACCUUCCUAUCCCCAAGCGAGCUGGAUAGUCUAUGGCGCGACCCAGCUAAAAACCAGUACCAUAUGUCGCGAUAUGACUCCAGCUUCUACAACAGAGCUAUCUACAACAAAGCGCUCUUCGGCCGCUACGGCCCCCCAUCCAGUCUGACCGAUUACGUCCGCAAAGCGCAAAUGAUGGAUUACGAGGCGACGAGGGCGGAGUUCGAGGGUUUCGCGAUGAAGCAGAACGCGAGUCGUCCUGCGACGGGGGUCGUGUAUUGGAUGCUGAAUAGCGCAUGGCCGAGCCUGCAUUGGCAGCUUUUCGACUACUACUUGCGGCCGGGGGGUGCGUUUUUCGGGACGAAGACGGGGGCGAGGAAGGAGCAUGUUGCGUUUGAUUAUGACGAGGGGAGUGUUUAUUUGGUUAAUCAUGGGAUUGAGCUUGGGAGGGGGGAUGUGAGUGGGAGUAGGACGGUGCAGGUUGAUUUGGUGGGUCGGGAUGGGGGGUAUAUUUGGGGGGAGAACGUGACGGCGCAGACGGUGCCGAAUGCCUCGAAGAGAGUGACGAAGGUGGAUGGGUUGAAGAGGAUCAGGGAUGUCGCGUUUCUGCGUCUGAUGCUGCGUGAGGGUGAUGGGAAGAUGCUCAGUCGGAAUGUUUAUUGGCUUUCGGCGAAGAGUGAUGUGUUGGAUUGGGAGAACUCGAAUUGGUAUACGACGCCGACGAAGCAGUUUGCUGAUUUUACAGCGCUAGGGCGCAUGGCGAAGGCGAGGGUUACGACUGAUAUCGGGAGCCUGGAUAGUAAGAAGGGGUUCAGCAAGGUUGAAGUGACGCUGAGCAAUGAGUCUGAGGUUCCGGCUGUGUUUUUGCACUUGGUGGCUUUGGAUCCGGCGAGCAGGGAGGAGAUCGCGCCGGUUUACUGGUCGGAUAACUACGUGACGUUGUUUCCGAGGGAGAAGAUCAAAUUGACGGCCGAGGUACAGAGUACAGAGUGGAUGGUUGUGUUGGAGGGGAAUAAUGUGCGCAAGGUGAUGGUGGGACAUAACUAG